UGCUUCAGUCUGAACUGGAAUGGAAAAUCAACAGCCGAGGAGGAAAAACACAGCUGCUCUUGUGAGCAGGGCACGUCAGCCGGGGCUGCUCUGGGCACAGGGCGCUGCGAGGAAGAUCUGCAAGGGAGCAGCCGGUGGAGGAAACAAAUAAUAUUUACACACCCUGCCCGAGGAACGGGAAAUAAAACCCCGCUGCCAGUAAGAAAUUCAGCCCAACCCUCCAGACCCCACCUGCUCGGGGGAAGGGCUGGCGCUAUAAAGGGCUGCGGGCAGCGAGCGGGGCUCACAGCGCCCGGGGCUCUCCAGGGAAUCGCUCUGCUCCCGAGGGAACAUGGCAAAGAGGGUGGCCGUGGUGCUGGCUGGCUGCGGGGUGUUCGAUGGCAGCGAGAUCCACGAGGCUUCGGCAGUGCUGGUGCAUCUCAGCCGGGAGGGGGCUCAGGCCGAGGUUUAUGCCCCCAACAUCCCCCAGAUGCACGUGGUGGACCAUGUGAAGGGGCAGCCGACGCAGGAGCAGCGCAAUGUCCUGGUGGAAAGUGCCAGGAUAGCCAGGGGCAACGUCAAGGACCUGGCCACGCUGGAUGUCAAGGGGCUGGAUGCCCUCAUCAUUCCAGGUGGCUUCGGGGUGGCAAAGAACCUGAGCACUUGGGCCACCCAGGGCAAGAACUGCAGCAUCUCCAAGGAGGUGGAGGGCGCGCUGAGGGCGUUCCACGCUGCCCGCAAACCCAUCGGGCUCUGCUGCAUCUCCCCGGUGCUGGCAGCCAAAAUGUUCCCGGGCUGCGAGGUGACCGUGGGGCACGACACCGAGUGUGAGCAGUGGCCUUACGCCAAGACAGCCGAGGCCAUGAAGGAGCUGGGCUGCAGGCACGUGAACAGCAAGGUGACCGAGGUGCACGUGGACAGCAGGAACCGGCUGGUGACCACCAGCGCCUUCAUGUGCAACGCCCCCAUCCACGAGGUCCACGACGGCAUCGGGAAAAUGGUGCGGGAAGUGCUCAGGCUGGCCUGAGCUCCCCCAGGCACGCGGCUCCUCUGUGGAUGACAUCCUUCCCACGGCAGCAGGGAAAGGGACAGCCAGCAGCUCUGUCCCCACACCUCUGGGGGCUGCUGAGGAGGGACAGCCUUGCAGAAGUUGUGUUCUGCUGAGGGCACAUCACUCACUGGUGGCAGCUGGCAUGGGAUCAUGGGACCACGGGGUCAUGGGAUCAUGGGACCACAGGAUCAUGGGAUCACAGGGUCAUGGGAUCAUGGGGUCAUGGGAUCACAGGAUAACGGGAUCACGGGAUCAUGGGAUCACAGGAUAACGGAAUCACGGGAUCACAGGAUCAUGGGAUCGCGGGAUCACAGGGUCAUGGGAUCACAGGAUCAUGGGAUCACAGGAUAACGGGAUCACGGGAUCACAGGGUCAUGGGAUCACGGGAUCACAGGAUCACGGGAUCAUGGGAUCACAGGAUCACGGGAUCAUGGGAUCAUGGGAUCACGGGAUGGUCUGGGUUGGGAGGGACCUUAAAGCUCAUCUUGUUCCAAUCUCCUCCCGUGGGCAGGGACAUCUUCCCCUAUCCCUGGGUGCUCCAGGCUGGCCUGGGACACUGCCAGGGGUCCAGGGGCAGCCACAGCUCCUCUGGGUACCUGUGCCAGGGCCUGCCCACCCUGCCAGGGAGGAAUUCCAUCCCAAUAUUCCACCUAUCCCUGCCCUCCCUCAGCUCGAGGCCAGGCUCCCACAGAGCUCAGGUUCAGCUGCUCCCCAGCCCCUCCCUCGGUCAAUUGUGGCCAAAGGAAGGAACCCGCUCCUGCUACCAAAUAAAACCUGAUGC